CCGUGAGUGGCGGUAGAGGCAAUGCGCUAGACGAUAUGACUGCGUCGUCAAUGAAGAUGGAUCAAGAAGGUCGACAAGUGCCAACCCAAAGUAGUGCGCUGUAGAGGAAAGAGGAACAGCAGCAUCGGCCAGUACACAAUUGGUUUUCUACCAAUUGUUGCCGGUACUUGCUGGAUUGAAAACCGUCCUUCGUGAAACGUCUUGCCUUCUGCCGGCUCCAGUGCUGAGGGUAAACAUACGACAGCACAAGCGCAAGGGGAUCAUAAAUUGUACUGAUUUACCUGAAUCGCCGAGGAUUGUUGCUGGAGUUUUAACGAAAAACGCUCCGCUAACAGAAAGCUCUUGUUUCUAGCGUACGCGUACUAUAUUCACGCGCGUGGAUACGCAUCCGCUACCGAGUGCGUUAAGGCGAAAUCUGACAUAGAACAAAGUGAACCUGAACCUGUUGACGAGCUCGAAUGUUGUUCCCAUUGCGUCGAAUCUUGUAUCGUGCGACGAGAUGGACGACGCCUGGGGGAAAGCAAAUCAAUAGUGGAAUUCGAGUUAAAAUCGAAUACAGACGCUCAAAACUACUAUGUGCUGAGUGUCCAUUAACUAUCAGUUGUUCCGUAAGCAACUCGAAUUGAUAGAAUUAUGUAACUUCGUACAGCAUUCGAAAGUGUGAUGUUAUCCCGGAGGGCGUAUGUCAUAUAGACAUCAAGAACGAAGUAACCCCAGCAUAUCAGGAUGCUGUUCCUACUAUUUCGCAUCAUCAUGUUUUUGUUGAACUGGUUCAGAAGUUUAGUUGGCAGGCCGGCCCGCUUCGUAAUCGUCAACUCCGUCAUGUUUACAACGCUAUCUUCGCUUUUCUUCAUUCUCAGUUUCACCGGAUACCUAGCGGCCUAUUGGGCCCUCAUACCGAGGGUUCAGAUCGAACGCGAUGUACACUUCAAGUAUGCUAUGCGUCCGUGUAAAAUCACAGAUCAGUGUCAACAUCCCGUCGCCGAAGUUUGGCUCGGAGACGAUCCCGCUCAUUUUCUACCGGCGCUUUCACCGGGUACCGAGUACCGGAUAGAGCUAAAUCUCGAACUUCCUGAGUCCGAAACAAACUUCGACGUGGGGAUGUUCAUGGCUUCAGUUGAAAUGCGAGCGCCAAACGGACAGAUAUUAAAGGCGGCCCAGCGAUCCGGAGUUCUCGUUUACCGAAGCCUGGUGUUGAGAAUGUUGCACACGAUAGUGGCGCUUCCGUCGCUGUUGUUGGGUGAGGGUAAAGAAAAACAACUUGUGCGACUGCCGAUGUUUGAUUCGUUCGUUGAUCUUCCUCGUGGCAAUAACGACUUCGCGGCAGUUGCCUACAUCGAACUGCAUUCCACCAAUAUCCAAAUCUACUCGGCCAAACUUCGCAUCUAUGCGGACUUCGGCGGUUUGCGCUACCUGAUGUACCGGUGGCCGUUAACGUGUGCUGCGACUGGAUGCAUGGCGAACUUCGUUGCCUUAUGGGUAGCCACUGCUCUCUUCUGGAUACGUAAUCGGCUUUUCAGCGUGAUCAGUUUUGUCGCCAGGAGCGCAGCAAUAAAUAGAGCGGCCAUGAAACGCAAAGCUGACUCAGUUAUUUCCGCAGAGAAGAACGGAGCUGAAAGACAAACGCUUGCUGACGGCAAAACCACCACACAACUAUCUGACGGGGAUGAAGUCGACAAGGAAUUGCCUAAGCUUGCAAACAUCGUCAGGAAAAUUGCCUCUCUUGUACCUUUCGUAGGAAAACUACAACCUUAUGCUGCCAUCCUGGUUGACACAGGCCUUCGUUGGAGUCCUGUUCCUAUACCGGGUAAGGUAGCUUCAAUAGCCAAGCAAGUUGUCGGAAUUCAGAAAGACAAGGAAGCAUAAUACGUAGCGGAUACUUUUUCCAACCAAUUGUGGUUUAUUAGCAAGUGUUCAUAAUAGUAAAUGCUACUAUCGCAGGCUCCGGAUAGCCUCAAGUGAAGCCCUUCUACACAGGGCUUUUCGGCAUAAAAAUUAGAAAUUACAAGAAAAGUUUUAAAAAUACAGAUUUCUAUUAGCAAAGAAAAGAGUUCACGAUAGCAAUUACCGGCGAUUCCAGUCAAAACGCUUCUAGUACAAUUACUAACUGUACAUGCAGAAAUUUCGAGUUGUAUCGAUGCGCCAUCUAAAAAUAUCGCAUAGUUCUUACGAAUCGAUGACCUUUUGAUAAAAUCACAAUAAUUCAUAUAUAGACAGACUAAGCUAUGCGGCGGACAAGUAUAAAUUUCUGGUAAUGCCUCGUAACAUAUGAUAAACGAAUUUCUGACACUGACUUAUACUAACAGUAAAAAAUUGUAUAUAUGUUUAGAAAUAGUAGGCAUGAUGUGUGUAUAUAUAUUAUAUAUAUGUUAUGUAGAAUCAACAGGCGACUAUAGAACGCAUGAAGUUCCUUGAUCUACAAGGUUUUGCAAACAAUUGUAAGUGGCUGCUGUAUGAUGAAUCAGUUCUAAUGAGAUGCUGAUAAUAUCGCCUGUUUUUAAGCUAUCGCAACUAACUGUUAGCAUAGAGUAAAUAACAAUAAGUAUUUUAACUGGAAUGUACUCAAGUAUAUACAAUUCCGUUUAGCGAUCCGUUAUUAUUAUAUUAGCUGGAGUAUUUACGAAUUUUACUUUAAAGGGACUAGGGUAAAGUUUGGUGCGUUCGUGCAUGGAAUCAUGCUUAUAUAUAACAAGAUCGAUAUAUGUAACAUGAUUUAGGUGAACGUAUAUGCAGUCGAAGAGAUGCUUAUGAACGAGAAAAAUUACUACAGUACCAACAUAACAUUACUUUGCCCCCUAAUUUAGUUGCAAACAAUAAAGUUUUGUACUCAACUGUGUACAAUUGUCGAAAUCUACAAUUUCGACAUUUAAUAGACAUAGUUUAAAACCAACAGCAAAAGUUGAGGCUUAAGCAAUUCAUCGUCGACCUUUUAGGUCUAUGCCAAUCGAAGGGUUCGGAAGUCAGUCUAAAUAAGCAACCAUUCAUUGUUGCGUAUUGUCCCCGCUUUUUACAUCAAAAUGCUUCGAUAUAUUUUCCUUAGAUACUAAUGUUCUGGAAGAACCACGACCUAACAACGAUUACGUUGAUAUGUAAAAGGAAAGAAGAGAUUCUGUUCAAUAAUAAACAUUUUAUCAUUAUCGGUUCGCUUGAAUCCUAACAACUGUGGGGUUGAGUAUAUAGAGCUGAAGGGAAAGUCAAAAAGUAGAACUGAAGGAAGCAUACAUACAUAUAUAUAUAUAUAUAAAAUGUAAAAUGAAAUUUAUCGUAUAGAUACGCCAUAUGUUAUUAAUAGUGCCAUAUGUCUAGUCAAGCACUUAUGAAUAACAAAAAUUUGAAGCAUACUAUACUACAAAACUAUUCAAAUAAAUGGAAUUAUAUCAUAUAUGGGAAAUCGAGGCAACGAUAUGGGAAAAGUAUCAAGAAAUCAUUAGGCCUAGCGCUCUGUUACAAUAGCAAGUAAGGAAAUAUGGCUAGUAAGAAACGAGGAAACUGGUCGCCGGAAACACGAAUGGCCCUAGACAAACGUAAAUUUGCACCACUAGUGAGCAUUCACUUCGAUUUCGGCAGCUUAGCUUACAAUGCAGCUAACAAUGUGUUUUGUUUACUCUGAAGAUUUUGUUUUCAAGUUUCCUGCAUGACAUGAUGUGUCAUAAAAAAACGCAGCCCACAAACUGAACAAUGGGCGCCCAUUGUUAUAUUCCAACAAUACUGAAGCUAAUUAUGUAGAAGCCAUCAUCCAGAGGAUAUGGCCCGAAAAGUGAGGUGAAUCUACCGUCGACUUUUGCGACAGCUGCUUGACAUAGCAGCCUCAUUAUGCAAUGACGGUAGUGACCCUUUUACCCUGUAAUUUUAAUAAUUGAAAAAAACUUCCUUGUUUUUCUUCUAUUUUUACGAAAAAGUGUUGUCCACGUUGAGGGCCACUUUUCUUUUCCACUGUUUCGUCGAAACAGUUUUUUUUUAGUAUAAAUAAAAAUUAGUGUCCUCAAAGAUUUAUACAAUAUAUUAUAAAUUUUGGCUAGGAUAAUUCUUUCCACAGAUAACCAUUUUGAGGAUCACCCGUGAAUACAUUUCAAAAAUGUGAAAAUAAUCGAAAUCUCAGUAUAAGUAACCGUCUAGAAACGAUUAUCGAACCGCCAAGUUAUUAAGAGGGAUUUGGAAAUUCGUGUUAGUGUGGCCAAUGGCUGAAACAGCUAGGCCUCAGAUUAGGGAAAAGCUAGUUCAAGUUCCGCCGAGGUCAAAACAAAAAAAAAGACAUCUAAACGUCAUUAUGAAUUCUACUACGCGAUUAAUUUCGUAUAAACACAAAAUCAAUUGACGCCUCAACGAUCCUUUUCAUUUUAAUCGCCUUGGACAAGUAAAAUUAAUAUGAACCUGACAACUGCACCGUGAGUAAUAUUUUUUUUUAUCAAAUGCUAUCGCGAUUCUAUCGGGUGGCCAGAGUCAAUGCAGAUCUCGGCGCUCGUUGUUGUGCUCCGCGCUAGUUAUAUUUUAUGCUUAGUAAUUUGAAAAAGUACAUUGUUUGCCGAAAUUUUCUUCUUUGCACUCCGAUAUAACAGACAUAGCCAUCUAAUGUUAUUUUGACUCGUUGAGUAUGAAACAUUGAUAUAGGUAUCUAUGAGACAAUAGACUUUAGAAAGUUUAUUUAAGAGGUGUCUUGUAAAAAGAAAAGAUUUGAUUUCUUGUUGAUCUUAUGAUAUGAGAUAACAUUAUGUUUACUAUGAAACUGGGUGAGUUAUGGGAUUCGAAACGAUAGGAGUAGGUAUUAUUAUGAAUUCGUGUAUAAUAAUAUAGUAUAAAUUCACAGAUCCAUAUCAAGCAAAUACCUAGAUCAACGUCAUUUGAGCUGAUUUUUUAACGAACUUUAUCACUCACGUAAGGCUAUCCUAAACACAAAAGAACAGUUUAGUGUUUGAAUUGCUGAAAUAUCGUAAAUCGACGGACUUCAGCUUAAAAUUAUCGGAAGUUCUAUCAUCGUAAUCACAAGUUAGCUAUUAAUCUAUUCCAAUAACUCUAUAUGAAUAAGGAACAUUAGUAUUAUAAAUAAAAUAGAACGAAUGUCUGUUUUUGAAAGCUUUGUUUCAUGCAAAAUAUAACACCGAAUUAGAUUCGGUUUAAAUGUAAAAGAAAAUUUUAUGCAAUGAGUGCCUACACACGAGUGUUCCUGUAAACGUGGGAUUGAUACUAGUAAGUGCCGUUUCCCUAUUCGCAAUUUUAACCCCCGCAUUCGGUGCGUUCAUUAGACAUGAUUUCUAAAACCUUUACACAGGCUCAUGCCCGCUUCUCUCACUUACAAUCCUAAUAUAAUUUCUCACAAUAUUUUGCAACAUUGACAAUGUGUAUUCCUCCAUACUAGAUCGUUAUUUGCCCCUCAUCUACAUGUGGAUAAGGUGAUGCUAUCGUUGAAAGGUGCGGGAAGUCACCGAACAAUAACAAUAAAUGUUGUACAUGGCGAACCCCUCUAUUGGGAUUUGGAGCACGAAUUUCCCUUGUAAACAAGAGGAAAACAUCUAGUUGUAACAUUUAACAUUAGCGCUUUGUUGAGAAUUUACGGAUCAAAUAUCUGUCAUAUUUGCAAUGUUGGUACAUUGUUCAAGGGUAGCCUAAAAGCUAUCUGGAAUCAGUAACAAUAAUCAAUGGUACCUGUUGCAAUGUUACGAAGCAAAAAAGAAAGUCACAACGGAGUGCUAUUAUGUGUAGUUAAUCGGCAAUAGAAUCCGGCAGGUGAAAUGUCAUAUGGUCUGUGUACCACAGCACAAUUUUUUUACGGA